AUGUACUCCGGAUUGCAGCAGGAGCUGGGGGUCACAGAAGACGACAACUCCGCUGAUCUCGAGCCGUCGCCGCAGAGCCUACCGGCGGCCGGCACGGGCAACACGAGCACUGGCGGCAGCAGCUUCCCGGCGGGACUGAGGGUACUAGUGGUCGAUGAUGACCCGCUCUGCCUCAUGAUUCUCGAGCGCAUGCUUCGCCAAUGCGCCUACACUGUGACAACAUGCAGCCGCGCAGCAACGGCGCUGGCGCUGCUGCGGGAGAACCGGGACAAGUUCGACCUGGUGAUAAGCGACGUGUACAUGCCGGACAUGGACGGCUUUAAGCUCCUCGAGCUCAUCGGCCUCGAGCUCGACCUCCCCGUUAUCAUGAUGAGCGCGAACGGGGAGACGAGCGCGGUGAUGAAGGGCAUAACGCACGGCGCGUGCGACUACCUCUUAAAGCCCGUGCGCAUAGAGGAGCUGCGCAACAUCUGGCAGCACGUCGUGCGCAAGCGCUCCUCCUCCUCCGCUGCCGCCCCCCCGCGCGACCCCUUCAAACAGGAGCCGGGGGGGGACUGGGACGAGACGGCUGCAGGCGGGGGGGGUGGCGGAGGCGGGGGCGCGACAGGCGCGACGAGCAUGGUCGGGGGAGGCGGAGGCGGAGGGGGAGCGGGAGGGAGUGGCGGCGGCGGGUUGCUGAAUCAGGGGCGGGAUGGUGGAGGCGGGGGGGGAGGUGGCGGAGGCGGGGGCGGGGGCGGGGGCGGAGCGGGGGAGAGUGAUGGGGACGGGGCGGGGAGCAAGCGCAAGAAGGAGGAGUAUCUGGAGGACGCGUCUACGCUGAAGAAGGCGCGUGUGGUGUGGUCCAUCGAGCUGCACCAGCAGUUCGUUAAUGCUGUUAAUCGGCUUGGAGUGGACAAGGCGGUGCCCAAGCGCAUAUUGGAGAUCAUGAACGUGCAGGGACUCACUCGGGAGAACGUCGCCUCUCAUCUGCAGAAAUACCGGCUGUAUCUGAAGCGGCUAAGCGGGGUGAACCCCCAGCCGCACCCAGUGGCGUCCUUCCAAGCCACAGAGGGCAGUCUCUUUGGAGGCACCCUGCAGGUGCAGCCUGCUGGCACCCGCACCACCAAAGCCCCUGCCAUGAGCCUCGCGGCUGCUGCUGCUGCUUCCUCUGCUGGGUUGACUGGUGGCGGCGGGGGAGCAGGAGGGGGAGGGGGAGGGGGAGCGGGAGGGGGGAUGGGGCUGGGGGGAGCUGGUGGGGGGUUAGGGGCGGGGGCAGGGGCGGAUGUGCUUUCUGGGCUUGCUGCUGCUGCAGGGCUGGGGAAUCUUGGGAUGGGUGGUGGCGGUGCUGCGGCUGCGGCGGCCGCUGCAGCUGCAGCGGCAGCGCUGGUUGCUGGAGGGGGUCUGGACCCCUCCACUCUAGCCACAAUAGCACAGCUGCAGGCUCUGCAGCAGCAGGAGCAGGAGCAGCAGCAGCAGCAACAACAACAGCAGCAGCAACAGCAGCAGCAGCAGCAGCAGCAGCAGCAGCAGCAGGAGGCAGCGUCGUCGACUGUAGGCUCGCAUUCGUUUGCAGGCCUGUCAGGUCUUGGAGGGGCAGGAGGACUAAGCAACCAAGCCAUUGCAGCUGCAGCAGCAGCAGGGUUGCUUGGCGGGCAAGGCUCAAGCGCAGCCGCUGCUGCUGCAGCUGCGGCGGCUGCUGCUGCUGCCGCGGGCACAGGAGUAGCAGGCGGGAACAGCAGCGGCAACGGCGCCUUGGCGGGGCUAGGCGGAGCGAAUGGGCUAGCCCAGGCAUUAGGCCUGCAGGGCUUGACUGGGUAUGAGAUCAGUUUAUUGCUGCAGGCGCAGCAGGAGGGAGCGGCACGGCAACGCAUGGGCACGGGAGGAGCAGGGGGAGGUGGAGCUGGUGGAGGCUCGGCUGGGCUAGGUGGCUUAGGGACGGUUGAUUCUCUCACUCUGCAGGCCCUGGGGGGGAAUCUGGGCGCGUUGGGUGGGGCUGGUGGGGGUAGUCCUCUGGGGGGUGCUGGUGGGGGAGGAGGGGGGGGAGGCGGAGGAGGGGGAGGGGGCGGAGGAGGAGGGGGAGCGUAUGGGUUGAGUGCUGCAGGGCUAGUGAGCCUGCUUGGGGGAGGAGUGGGUGGGGCUGGGGGGGGUGGUGGUGGUGCCGGUGGCUCUGCAGCGGCGGCAGCAGCGGCUGCUGCGAAUAUGCAAGACGUUGCUGCAUUGCGUGCGAGUAUGGCUGCGUCAGGGCUUCCGAUGGGGAGUCAGAACGCGGCAUCGCUGUUCCAGAUGGGAGGAGGUGCGGGCGGCACGGGAGGGGGAGGUGGAGGAGCAGGGAGCCUUGGGUUAGUGGAAGGGGUAAACCCUUUGGCGGGGCGUUUAGGGUUGAACGAGAGCCUGCUGUUUGCGCAGGAGCUGGGAGGGGCGGGUGCAGGUGGAGUGGGGUUGGGAGGGGCGGAGGAUUACUUGUCAGGUGCGAGACAUGGGGGAGGGGGAGGGCAGGGGGGAGGUAAUGACCUCUCUCUGUUAAAUCAACUGAUGGGGCAGCAGGGGGGGCGCGGCGGGGGCAUCACUCACUAA